AGGUAAUAUGUGCGUAUCUCGACAUAUACUCGCUAGAACGUCUUUCACUCGAUCCUUACUCCUUACUCGUCUCACUCGCGAAUAAAUCUGUUUGAUUGUUCAUUAAUCGAAUAAUAUAUAACGUGCGACAUUCGAGAAUCCGCGGAACGUGGUGUGUGCGCGUGUGUCCUUCGAUGAAACUGGAUUAGAAAAUAUGAACUCGAUGAUCGAUUACGUAUAUCAAGUGCUUCCAGUUCUGGCUGCGGUAGGAACGAUAGUUGUUAUAGGAGUAGCAUUUAAAAUAUAUAAAUCCUGGAGUGAGAGGAAGAAAAAGUCUGCGCCGAUACUGCUGGUUGAUCCAGUAGUUAAGUAUAGUCUACCUCUAAUCCAAAAGGACAUAAUAAGUCACGAUACUAGGAAGUUCAGAUUUGGAUUACCAACGUCAAAUCAUGUCCUGGGCCUGCCAAUUGGUCAGCAUAUACAUUUAACAGCAAAGAUUGGAGAGGAGGUUGUAAUACGUUCAUAUACGCCUGUUUCAAGCGACGAUGAUCAAGGCUACGUUGAUCUCGUCAUCAAGGUAUACUUCAAAAAUGUGCAUCCAAAGUUUCCUGAGGGAGGAAAAUUGUCUCAAUACUUGGAAAACAUGAAAAUAGGGGAUACCAUCGACUUUAGAGGUCCAUCUGGUAGACUGAUUUACAAAGGACAAGGAAAAGUAACUAUAAAACUUCUUAGGAAGGAACCACCCGUGGAAUAUAACGUUAAAAAGAUGGUUAUGCUCGCUGGUGGUACGGGUAUCACGCCGAUGUUGCAGCUAAUUCGUGCGAUAAUAAAGGAUCCUACGGACGAAACUCAAACCUCCUUGCUGUUCGCCAAUCAGACAGAAAAAGACAUCUUGCUGCGGGACGAACUGGACGAAAUCGCCAAAAAAUAUCCGAAUAAAUUAAAACUUUGGUACACCCUAGAUUCAAGUAGCGAGGGAUGGCCAUAUAGUACAGGAUAUAUAAGUACUGAUAUCAUAGAGAAACACAUGUUUCCACCGUCGCCCGAUACUAUCGUAUUGAUGUGUGGGCCACCUCCAAUGAUCAAUUUUGCUUGUACUCCGAAUCUCGAUAAACUUGGCUACGAUACUAAAUUACGGUUCGCAUAUUAAUCGAUGACAGUUUGACGGAGAUCUACAUGCUUUUAGUACUUCAGUAAAAUGUAAGAACAGUUUUUUAUUUAAUUGAAUAUAUCUGUCUUAAUUAAUGGAGAAUAUUAAAUAACAUGGUGCCGAUCAAAGAGAUCUAUAUUGAAAAAUUUCUGUCAAAAUCUAUCUGUAAAAAACAUCUCCAGCAGUAUUGACGAUUACUAUAUAUAAGUUAUGAAAUUACAAUAAUCAAUGAAAUAUGCUAAUAGCAUAUGGAGACUAUUGUUCCAUGUAGUAUAAGGAUGUCUAUCCAUAAAAAAUUUUACAAGACACGCCAAAAAGUCUUGUCCUCUUUUACUUUUGCUUUUUUUUUAUUGGGAUACGCUGUGAUUGGCGAAUGAUAAGUAAUUCAUAGAACUUAAGAAAAAUGGGGUUAUAAAUCAAAUGCAUGUGAAAUGAAUAUUGCCUCAUCACUAAAAUAUACUUUAUUCAGUUCUACAUUUGAUUAUUAUAAAAAUGACCUGUAUAUAAAAUUUAGGUGAAUAAAGUAUAUUACUAGUGUGUGGAAUAUUCAUAUAAUAAAGUAUUAUAUUUCAAAGCAUUUAUUAAUGUUGAACCCAUUGUAACGUUAUAAAAAAUUUUCAACACAUA